AGGCCUGCCAGAAGAGAUAGGUGUUUAGAUGGUUUUUAAAUUCCAACAGCUUAGAUGCCUAAAUACCCUAAAAGCACCAGAUUUUGGCUGAUCUUGGAAUCUAAACAGGGUUAGCCCUGCUUAAUAUGUGGAUGGAGAAAAUCCAAUGGAUCCUAAGGGAUUUCAGAGGAAGGACGAGUCUUCCUUGUCAAAGAAAAUCCUGUGGGAUUCAUGGGAUUGCCAUAAAUCGACAGUCCAUGGUGCAUACAUUAGCACAUUUACUCAAAGAAAGCCAGCUUGUUGUAAUGAUAUGCACAUCAGUCUAUGUCUCUGGAGACCAGGGUUUAGAUCCUUGUUUGACCAUGAAAACCCACUGGGUCAGGGGAAGGUCAUGGCAAAUCUCUUCAAAAUAGUAUUUCCAAGAAAAUCCAGUGAUAGGGUUGUCAUGAGUCAGAAGUAACUUGAAGGCUAACAACAAAGCACUUUAUCAGAUACAGGAAGAGGUGUAAAAGCAUUUCAUACACACGCGCACACACAUAAUUCUUGUCUCUUGCCAAAGUUUCAGUAUAUUAUUUGGCUUAUCUGGUGCCAGUAUGUUUGUAAGCAGUGCAAAGAUUUUGUAGCUUGCUGGUGUUGAUGAUGUUGUUGCCACUUUGAGUGAGUACUUUCUGUAUUUCGCUUUGGAUUCACUGAGUUGUUUCACUGUAACCACAAGUUCUCUGUGUGAAAGUUCUUCUGGACAACCUGAUGAAGCAGGUUGUUUCUUAGAACCUCACGGUGUCAAUACAUUCACUCAUCUUGAAGGUGCCACUGAACUCUUUGUUGUUCUACGUGUUAGACGAGGCAUGGGCAAACUUUGGUUCUCCUCCAAGUGUUUUGGACUUCAGCUUCCACAAUUCAUAACCCCUUUUCCUUGAUUGAGCUUUGCCCUGACCUCUUGCAUGGCCUCCUCUCCCUCCAGUGCCGGAGUCGUCCAGUGUGCCCAGCGCUAUUGUGGAGGAGACCACCCCUCCCAAGCGAGAGGUGCACUUCCUGAAGCUGCAGAAAGUAGCAUCUUCGUCCAGUGGGAACAAAACGCUCCCUGGCUCCUCUCCUUCUCCUAUCGGUGACAUCAUGCAGACGCCUCAGUUUCAGCUGAGGAGGCUGAAGAAUCUUCUGGAAGCAGAGAGGGAAAACAGGGAUGAACUGGAGCAUGAGUUGGCGGAGAAUCGGAAGCUCAUUGACGAGAAAGACACACGGAUCCUGAUGAUGAAGCAGCGGAUUGACCGCCUCACCCUCCUCCACGAAAGGCAGGCUGCAGAUCAGAUGGAGCCCAAGGAGAUGGAGGAGCUUCGGGAAAAGAAUGAAAGUCUCCUCAUGCGGCUACAUGAAACACUCAAACAGUGUCAAGACCUGAAAACGGAAAAGGGUCAGAUGGACCGGAAGAUCAACCAGCUCUCAGAGGAGAACGGGGACCUUUCUUUCAGGCUUCGAGAGUUUUCUCGCACGCUUACGGAACUUCGAGGUGCCAUGAAUGAGAUCUCUGAAGAACACGACAAAGCCCUGAGGGAAUGGGAGGAGAGGAGGAGCCGUCUGGAAACGGAGCUGCAUGGUGCCCUCAGCGAGAAGAGGUCCUUGGAGGAGAAGGUGGAGAUUCUGCAAGGGAAGUACUCCCUCCUGGAGGAUCAGUUUACCAAGCUAAAGGACAGCAUGUCCCUGCCAGAGAAAGGCGAGGUCAUGAGUGAUGUCUUAAAGCUUGCAGAUCUGAACCAACAAGUGAGCGAUCUGAGUGGCAAGCAGGCUGAGCUUCAGGCAAGGAUCCUCGGCCUUGAGGAGGAGAAGCACCUGCUUGAGGUCAACCUUCAGUCCGAAAGGAGAAGCUUUGAUUCUGAAAAGGCCCAGCUGACAAGCCUCCUGACUGACCUGCAGAAGUCUGCCUCUGAGAUCUCCCGCGCCAAGGAUCAACUGGAGCAGGACCGCCAGGCCCAGGAGGUGCGCUUGGUGGCCCAGGUCAGAACCCUGACAGAAGAGAUUGCAAAGCUGACAGGCUGCCUUCACCAGAAGGAUGGGGAGCUGCUUGCUCUGCACCAGCAGGUGGAAAUGGAGAGGAUCCAGAAGGGGCAGCUAGUGGAGGACCUGCAGAAAAACGAGCAGGUGUCUCAGGCAGCCCUUCAGGAGCUGAACCUCCAGGUGGAUCACCUGAACAACACCCUGAAGCAGAGUGGGGAGAAGCUGGCCCAAGUAGAAGCCGCAAGUCAAGAGGAGUACAACAAGGCUGCCCAGGAGAAGGAGCUCGCCCUGCGGCAGCUCCAGCAGAAGGAAGCGGAGCUGGUCACCCUUGGCAAGCGACUGCAGUCUCUGGAGCAGGCCCGGAGCACCUCUGUGGCAGAGGCUCAGCGGGAGAAGGCCGAGUUGAACCAGAAGAUCCAGGAAUUGGAGGCCAGGGCUUUGGCCCUCACUGCCCAGUGCCAGCAGAGCGAGGCCCAGGCAGUAGCCUUGCCAGCACUAAAGAGCCAGCUGCGUGAGGCCCAGCAGAGACUGGCCGAGAAGGAGAAGCUGUCGAAGGAGAACACACGCCUCCAGGAGCGGCUCCUGAUUUUGGAGGAGUCUGUCCGCAACACCGAAGGCAUCUUGGAAGAUGAGAAGAGGAGGGCCGGAGAGUCCCUGGAAAGCAACCUCCGCCGGAUCGCUGAGUUGGAGGAACAGAUCCAGGAGCUGGUCAAGGAUCGGGACCAAGCCGCUCAGAAGGUGGAUGCAGAGAAGGCCCAGAGGCAGGCUCUGGAAGGCCAGGUGCGGGAGAUGGGGGAAGAAUCCAGGAGCAAAGUCCAGGAACUUCAGCAGCAGGUAGCAGAACUAUCCUCGGUUACCAAAGGGCAGAGUGGGGAGGAAAUGGUCCGAGGACUGGUCCGAGAUCGGGAACAGCUCCAGCAGAAGUUGAAGGCCGAACACGAGAAGGUGGCAGAAGCAGAAGCCCAGAUGAAGCGCCUCCGUACCAAACACCAAGAUGCUCUGGCUGAGCUGCAGGCUAGUUUGUCUCUUGCGCAUUCCCAGGCAAAGGUCAGAGAGGGUGCAGAGGAAAAGCUUAGGUCAGAAGUGGCUUCUUUGCAGGAGGAGAUAGCUGCCUCUCGCCAAGAAGCGGCCCAGAGUUUGGCCAAAGCUCAAAAGGAUGGGCACGAAGCCACCCGAGCCCUGGAAGCUGCCACCAGAGACAUGGCAGAGGCGAAGCUCAAGGUUGCAGAGCUGGAGACCAAAGUGAAGCAGUUGAGUGAGCAAAGCCAAAAGGACUUAACCACAGCUGAGUCUAGUCUCUCCAGCCUCAAGUCUUCCCUGAAGGAGAAGGAGCAGGAAGUGGGGCAGUUCUCCACUCAGGUGAAGUCCCUCAAGGCUAAGCUAGAGGAGGCCACCCAGCAGCAGAAGCGGGACCUGGCCCUGCAGGAGGAGGAAAGGAAGCGGCUGGCUGGGGAAGAGGAGCGAGCCAAGGCAGAGCUAGCCACGGAAAAGGCUGCCAAGGCUGCGUUGGAGGUCCAGCUGCAAAAUCUCACCAAUGAGCACCGCGUGGAGGUCUCUGGCCUGCAGGAGGAGGUGACCAGGGCCCAGGACCUGGCAGCAGAGAAAGAGCGGGAGCUGGAGGAGCUGCGCUUGAAGAACGUCUCUCGCAGCGAGGAGCUCAGGGAUCUGCAGAAGACAGUCAGCAAGCUGAAAGGGGAGCUGGCUUCUGUGGAAGCUCUGAAGGAGAGGGAAGCCAAAAUGGAGAGGGAGCUGCAGGGCUUCCUGGAAGUGGCCCGGACCCGAGAAACAGAGAUGGAGAGCAUCAAGGCCACGCUUCACUCCAAGGACCUCUCUCUGAAACACCUGGAGGAAGAGAAGCGCCUCCGGGAGCAGGAGUGCUCCUCCAGCCGGGAGCUCUGUGAGAAGCAGCUGAAGGAGUGUGAGGGGCUCCGUGCCCAGGUGGGGAAGCUGGAGCGGCAGAACAAGGAGCAGCAGAGCACCAUUGCCAAGCUGGAGAAGGCAGCAGCCACCUUGGAGCAAGGGCAGGAAACAGCAACAGAGGCCUUGAAGCAGGAGGUGGCGCAGUACAAGCAGAGAGCCUCGGAGCUGGAGAAGCUGCUACAGGCCGCCAAGUCUGUGCAGGAGGCCAAUCUGGAGAAGCUGAGGAGGGAGCUUCUUGGCAAGGGGGAGGAGCUGGCCCAGAGCAGGGAGGCCGCAUCAAAAGCAGAGAAGGAACUGGCGUCCCUGAGGGCCUCCGCUCAGGAGAAGGGCAAGUCCGAGGAGAGCUGGAAGGAGCAGAUGUCACGGUGCCUCCAGGAUGCCGAGCGCAAGGCCAGCCUCAUCAGCAGCCUGGAACAGGAGAUGUCCAUCAUGCACAGGCAACUGCUGGAGAAGGAGGCUGAGAGCAAGGACCUGCGGCGGCUGGUCCUGGCCGAGUCCGAGAAGAGCAAGAAGCUGGAGGAGCGACUGAGGCUCCUCCAGUCCGAGAUGGCCACCGCCGCUUCCCGGGCAGCCGAGAGGUGUUCAGCCAUGAAGGUGGAAGCGCAGAACUACCAGGAGCAGGCGGAGAAGCUGCACGUGUCUGUGGAGGCCCUGAAGAAGGAACUGGGUGCGCUCUCCAAACGGGAGGAGGAUCUCUGCAAAGAACUCAAGGCCUGGCAGGAGAAGGCCUUCCAAAAGGAGCAGCUCCUCUCCACCCGGCAGCAGGAGCUGGUUAGUGCCCAGGCCCUAAUUGGGGAGCUGAUGCCCGUCAAGCGGCUGUACCAGCAGCUGCAGAUGGAGCAGGCCUCCCAGGAGAGCAAGCACCGGCAGGAGGCUGAGCAGAUGCAAAAGGCUGCCGGCGGCCUGCAGGCAGAGCUGGCCCAGACCAAGAGGGAGCUUGCUGAGCUGCUCGCCACCAAGGACCGCUUCCUGGAGCAAGAGAGGGCCAUCCAGCGGCUGCAGGCAGAGAACAGCGGCUACACGGAGCAACUGGCCACCCUCCAGCGGGCCCACAGCCAGCUGGCAGAGGAGAAUAGGGCACUGAGCGAGCGGUCCAGCCACGGGCUGCAGCGCUUGGACACCGAGUUGGCCCAAGCCAAGCAGAAGUACACUCAAGAGCUGGAGGCCGCCAAGCUGGACUCUGAGAAAAUGAUGGCUGCCACAAAGCGGGAGGCUGAAGAGGCCCAGAAGAAGUUGGAGACCAUGACUAACAAGUAUGAGGAGGCAAAGCAGAAGCUGCUGACACAGGUGGACGAGCUGAAGCAAAAGUUGUCUCAGCAAGAGAAAGCUGGCCAGACCCACCUGCAGAAGGCACAGAAACGUGAAGAAGAAUUGCAGGCCAUGGUGAGACAGGCGAACGAAAAGGCGGGUGAGCUCCAAGCACAGCUUACACAGAAGGAAAAGGCCACGGAGCAUUACAAGGCCCAGAUGGAGAAGGCCAAAACACAUUACAAUGCAAAGAAGCAGGAGAAUCAAGAGCUGGCGAAGAAGCUGAAAGGCCUGGAACAGCUGGAGAAAGAGAACAUGGAGCUGAAGGCCGAGUCGGAGCGCCUGGUCAAAGAGCUGCAGCACACGGUGAUGCAAGCAAAGGAGUCUGAGCUCAGCUGCAAGAACCUCACCGGCCGCGUCCGGAGCCUGGAGGCACAGGUGGAGUUUGCUGACCGGCAACUGCGAGAGCAGGGCAAGUUCCAGGUGGCCAAAGACACCCUCAAGAGCCGCGAAACCUUCCGGCAGAGUGCUGCCGACAUCAGCACUGACAGCCUGGACUUGAGCGCCAGCGAGGAAACACAGCCCCUCAACUUCACCAGCCGGAGAACCCGUCGCUCCCUCUCGGAGUCUGGCCCAGCAGAGCGGUCCAAGGCCUCCCAGACGCAGCUGCCCCGCAAGAUGGAGUCCCUGGAGAGCCUCUACUUCACUCCGAUCCCCACCCGCUCCCGCUCCAAACUCGAGAACAGCAUGGCCUCUGCGACUGAAGCUUCCUUUGAGUCUGGGCACAAGACCCUCUCCGGCCGACGGCGCACCACACAGGUCAUCAGCAUCACCAUGACCAAAAAACGUCCCGAGGCAGAGGGCCCCAUCAGCCCCAACGAGUCCUUCUUCAGCAUCCAUUCUGAGAGCUCCCAGGCCUCCAGCCAAGAGACGCUCAAGACCCGCCUGCGCUCGGCCGCCACGUCCUCCACCCGCUCCUUGCCCAGCCUCGCCUCCCCAGAGUCCCUCAACCGGCUGAGCUCAUCCUCCCCCAACGACACGGCAACCAGCAACGCAGCUCUGAUGAGCCUCCCUGGCUACCGGCCCACCACCCGCAGCAGCUCUCUGAGGCACCCCCAGCCCACUGCCGGAGGGACCGGGACUGGCCGCCGCCGCAGCAGCAGCUUCUAUGUGGGCUCUUGCCAUGAUGAGCCGGAGCCGUUGGACGAAUGGAACCGAAUUGCCGAACUGCAGGAGCGCAACAGGGUCUGUCCGCCUCACCUCAAGACCUGCUACCCACUGGAGUCCAGGCCCUCGCAGUCACUGACCACCAUCACAGAUGAAGAGAUUCUGACCGGCGAUCCGAAGGAGACUCUCCGAAGAGCCACUCUGCUGCCCUCUCAGGUGGCGGAAGUCCGCAGCACCCGUCGCAGCACCCUGAGCACUGCCGGGACAGAAGGAGGCAUUGCCACCCGGCAGCAAAGGAAGCGCCUUUCAGAUGAACCCCAGCAUGGCCUAGGCACCCCCGAGUCCAAGAAAUCUGCCAGCUGCUUCCCGCGGCCUCAGACCCCCAAAGGCCGGACUGAGGAUCACAAGCACAGCAGCCAAGCGGGAAGCAAGAAGAGCAAGGGCCAGGCAGCCGACAAACAGCCGGAGAGGCGCCAGUCCCUGGCCUUCACCCUCCUGAACACACCGAAGAAGCUGGGCAACAGCCUCCUCCGCCGAGGGGCAAACCGGAAAGUGACUCCCAAAAACUCCCCCCGAGGCGGCAUCCGGAGGUCCCCCAGGACAUCUGCGUCUCCCAGGGGCAAGGCCAACAACACCAAGUUGCUGAGAAACACAAAAUUCUAAUCUCACCUUUCCUGCUUGGGAAAGAGUCCUCUUAUCCCCCUGCCACCCUGGGCACCGUCUCCCCCAACCGAGAGGGAACCAGGUGCUGCCGCCACCCCACCGCCACCACUGCUGCCGCCGCCUGAGUCCCCUGCCGCCUUUCCCCCUUCUCUCCUCCCUCCUACUGCUCACACAGCCCCCCUGAAGGCAAUGGCACCCCCUCCCCACCUUCAUACAGUUUCAGUGUGAUGGUUAAAGCCGGCUUGGAAGGGCCACGCACAUGCACCGUUUGAGCACCUGCCUGUGAGCGUGCGCUGGGGAUUUUUGCCAACAAAACGAGAGCUUCUCCAAAGCAUACUGGGCUCCAGUCCGGAAGCAUUGGGCAGAGCUGGGCAACCCUGAGGCGGCCUCGUCACAGGGACUGGGAUCGGUUUCCUUUCACCCACAUACCUGGCACCGUAGGAACCAAGGUUUCCCUGUGUGAGACCAGCGGUUCCCCUUUUCCAUUGGGUGCAGGAAGGGGCAUGCACAUUUGCAGCACUUGGUUUCCCAUAUCAGUGCAGUGGACAGUCCAUCCUCACAUGGGUCCCUCCCAAGAUCACUUCCUUGCCGGAAGGCCCAGAAGUCCUGAAGAAUGAACUCAAAACACUUCCGUCAAAAGACACACCAAGAACCAGUUGCUUCUCCUUGGUCCGAAAGGGAACGAGAAACCAGCCAGCCGCUUGUCCUGAGUCUCCUGCACCAAAGCAGCACUGUUCUUCCAAAGCGUCUUCCACCAGUUUCCCAAAGUCACUGGAGAGCCUGAGUGAGAGCAACGUGUACCUGUGAGAGCAAGGUGUUCUUGGGGGGAGGAAGGGUGGGGGGGGGGGCUGCCUUAAGGGCCUUUUCUUGGAGGAGAAGGAGGGAGGGAGGGGCACAAGCAGAAGCGCUUUGUACAGGCCUGCCUUCCCCUUCCCUUUUCCCCACAGGCUUUACUUAGCUGUGUCGCUUUGUAUUGUACUCUGUAGGCACUGCUGUGGGGGGGGACCCUUCAGCGCAGUGUUCCUCUGGCAGGUGGGUGGACAUGGGGCUAGCUGUGCCAGGGAGUGGGGGGAGCUUUCCGGUCGGAGUGAGUGACAGCUGUCCCUCAUUGCCAGGCCCAGGAAGUGAGGUCCUCCUCCUUGUCCUUCCCUCCUCCUCCGGCCCGGGGGUGGUGCUGGGGCCCUGCUCCCUGUGAGAGCAUUUGCUCCCCCUCUUUCUGGAGGGGACUCUCUUUCUCUUGCUCCUGCAGGGAGCAGAGUGCCUCAGCCGAAAGAAAGGAGGCUUUGCCGGUAGGAGGGGGUCUUCCUUCCUUCCUUCCUUCCUUGGUUGGGGGGCUGCCCCGGCGAGAGGGCUGCUGCUGUGGUGGUUUGGGGAAAGGACACUGCCUGAGGGGGCCCCCACAAACAGCCCUCUCAUUAUCCGCCUUCGUAGAGAGUUUAGCAAUCAAAUGUGUCAUUUUAAAUAAUGUUUCUACUUGUAAAUAAAUGGUAUUUUUCUCCCA